AUGGGACAGCCCUGGAGGGACACCUGAGCUGGGAAGAGACACCUUCUGAACUACAGGACCGGGGAGGGGGGAGUCCUCAUGGGAGAAGGAGUCAGUGGAACUCCCCCGACAACAACCUGCUUGUUGCUCCUCCUCUCCUCGCAACCAGCUCUCAUCCCCACCCCUCUCCACCUCUUCCUCCUCCUCCUCCUCCAUCCUCUCUCCGUCUCUCAUUUGAUCCCAUCCCUCAUUCCCUGCACCACAGAGGGAGAGCGGGAGCUGAGAGAAAGAUAACAGAAGGCAGAUGGUCCCGCCGGAGUCCAGGAAGACAGAAGAUCACUAAUACAAAAUGCAGACAGAUAAACCUUUUCCUUCUGAAACCGAGCCUGCAUCAACUUCCAAAUAAACAAGAGGAGAGAAAAAGCCACUGGUUCUUGGGGGUUGAGGGAGCCUGGGAGAUACAGCCGCGGUGCAGGCAGCGAGGAAAAAUAAAGAAGGGUCAAAAGAGGAGAAGGAGAAGCCGAAUCAGCGAUGGCGUUAUCCUGGUGUCCCUUUGCAACUUUGAUGGUGGUUUGGGGAUCUUUGACGCCCCAGGUUCACUCGGCGCUGGCACCGGAGAACGAGGUGCCACUUCGCCCCACCACGUGGUUACCGGAGGGGAAGGUCAUGACAGUAACUCUACCGAAAGGACGAACUCGAAGGUUAUAUUUCACACUGAAGAAGAAGACCUCUGCGAUGUCGGUGACUGUGAGUCCCUGCAGCCUCCCCAUCGAAUGGAGCCUGGCCGCUCGCACUCUGAAGGACAAACCGCUCAAAAACCUGCAGUGGAGCACCAAGAAAAGCACGCCCGAGGUGUGGUGGCGAGGCCCUGGCACAGAAGAGAAAAUCCACAGCUUCACCGGUGACACAGUGGAUGCCUACAACGGCCCUUCGCAUCUCAGCGCUUCUAUCUACGUCGUGAGGCUGCGUUCAAAACUGCAAAGCACCAGAGCUACAGUCUUCCUCCACGAAGGCCAAGGGCCUUCCGGCAUAUUCCCUCGACUACCAGCUGACCCGCGAGUUCACACGUUAGGAGUUGGUAUGACCAGUGUCACCCUCAGCUGGCAGCCCAGUGCCUCCAUAACAAGCCUCCCAAAAGCCAAAAACAGUUACGAUUAUUGCGUCCUCGUUAACUCUCUGCAAAACUACCCCAGCCUCUGUGCUGCUCAAGAGAGGGAGAAAGGGGAGAAAAAUCGGAGUCAAGGCAAGAAGGAGAAAAAGAGGCAAGCAACACCAUGGCCGAUCUUAAAAGAGUGGUGGUGGGAGCAGUGGGAGAGUUACCCCGAGUCCCAAAGUCUGCCGUCUUCACUUGCUGAUGAUUUUGAUAAUCUUCAGUGCGCAUGUCAGGGGACGGAGAACGUUUGCACGGUCUCCGAGCUCCUGCCUGACACCUCAUAUUACUUUGACGUUUUUGUGUUAGAUAAGGUGAACGGGACCAGCGCAGCGUACAAGGGGACUUCUGCGCGGACGCACGAGGAAGCUCGAGCUGCAGUCGUGCCUCUGAGAGAAGGUGAGCUAAGGUGGGUGACCUUUCAGGACGGAGGCUCAGACUCGCAGCAGUUCUUCAGUUUCCGUCCUCGGGGAUGGCAGCAGAGUGGCCUCCUCACCUUGCAGAGCUGUGGUGAGGGUGAAAAGACGAAGGUAACCGUCUCCAGUAAGGGACGGGUUUUGACCACUCAGGGUGUGGAAGCAGAGUUAAUCCACAUUUGGCUCCAAGGAAAUCCUUCCUAUCUUAUCCACUUACAACAAGAAGGACCUGAAACGAGCAAAGUAACUUCUGUUAAAGACGCAGCUCGGCUAGCAGCUCUGAAAGCUUCGGUCAAAAUGCAAGUUUCAUCCGCCUACCACCGUAGAGGGGUCCCAUCUCUGCCGUCCACCUUGCAGAUAAAAUCUUUCAACCGGCUGCGAGGUUGCAACAGCGUCACCCUGGCCUGGAUGGGAACGGAGGAAAGAAGUCUGUACUGUGUAUACCGCAGAAAGCUCAGUGGCUUUGAUGCAGAAGCUGGGGGAGUAUCGGCUCUGACCGCGCCCUGUCUGGGCCCUGAGUCUCGCUCCGACACUGAAAGGGUUCUCUGCAAGUAUUUCCAAGAGCUGAAUCCUCGACGGGCCGUCACUACAGCUGUGAUCGGGGGCCUGGAGCCAGGAGUGGCCUAUGUGUUUGAUGUGUAUCUAAUGAGACGCUGGGGGAUCCCUAUCAAGUAUGCCAGCAAGAUGGUGAAGACCAGAAAGGAAUGCUGAGCUGCCGCCCCCUAGAGGAGGCUCACAGGUUGUCCCGGUUUACGGGAAAGUGCAUCAGCCCCCUGGACAUGCUGUAAAGAGACCAAGAGCUCAAGCCAUUUGAUUGUUGUCAGGAGGCAUUUUGCAACAAACAAACAAAAAAAAAAGAGGAAAUGUUCUCUUGAAGAAAAAAGUGGUCACAUACAAACUCCACUUUAUCAAUGCAAGUGGACGGCAAGAAUUAGGGAAGGAUGUACACACCAGCAAAAGUUCAUAACAUUUACAAAACUUUUGUGCUCUUGUCAUUUUGUUCCUCGUUGCAGAUCAUCACAAUGACAUGCCAGUCAUCCAAAUGCUUUUUUUUUUUUUUUUGCCUGUGUCUGGGUACAAUGGACGGGCAAGGUUUGAGAUGACAGAAAGUCAUUAUAAAAACAACAAAGGAGACUGUGCCAAAGACGCAACAGAAGCAGAUGGGGCAAUAAUGAGAGAAGAUCUGAGACGUAGGGAUUCGCAGCAUGCACCUGCAGAGCUGCAUUUUGUACAAACUAAUAAACACAGAUGGAAAUGAUCUUGAGGAUGCUAAAUUCAAAGUCUGUGUUUGUCUUUGUGUUCUGCUUUCGCAUGAAGCAGUGUGAAAUUUCUAGUGGCUUGCCUCAUUGUCUUUGAUGUAUUCUUGUGCUGCUUCAAAGUCAUCAAUAAAUACUAAGGUAUCUGUGUA